AAGUUCACAGCAAGGAGGCCUUUCCUGAAUUCUGAUUCUUUUUUGUGGUUUUAAGUACUUUUACAAACAUGAUUAUGCCCACAGGUCACAGGAAACCAGUGUUUCAAAACAAAACUUGAUCACAGUGCUAGAUAACACAGGUAUCCUCAGCAAGUGCGCGAGCGCCUCGAGGCUUCGUGCUGCUGCCAGAAGUACAUAUUUUUUUGAUUGGUAAGACCUGCCAGAUGACGCUUCGUGAAAUAUAAAUGCAGAAAAGCCUCAGAGAGCUCAAUAAAAACCUUCCAGCCGUCAGUCUAGGAGGAUAAGAGCAAAUACUCUUAACAAGUGUGGGAAAUGGCCUUCGGAGUUCCAAUGACAGUCUGCUUCUUGUUCAAUGCAAUGACAGCCCUGACUGAAGAGGCAGCCAUGACUGUAACAGCCCCAACCACAACCCAGCAAAGUAACUGGACAGUUAACACAACUGAAGCUGACUACACAGAAGGACCCAUUGCCUUGAAGUUCUCACGUCACUGCUUGGAAGACCACCACAGUUACUGCAUCAAUGGUGUUUGUGCAUUCCACCACGAGCUGGAGAAAGCCAUCUGCAGGUGUUUUACUGGUUAUACUGGAGAAAGGUGUGAGCACUUGACCUUAACAUCAUAUGCUGUGGAUUCUUAUGAAAAAUACAUUGCAAUUGGGAUUGGCGUUGGACUAUUAUUAAGUGGUUUUCUUGUUAUUUUUUACUGCUACAUAAGAAAGAGGUGUCUAAAAUUGAAACCACCUUUUAAGGUCUGUUCCAGAGGAAGACCACUGUGAGACUGUAAGAAAUUUUCAUGAGGCAUUUGAAAAAAUCAGUGGGCCCAAGACUGAAAUCUUCAAGUGAAACAACACAACUUACCAAGCUGACUAGACUUGAAAAUAAUAGAAGUUGGGAUCAUGAUGAAACGGGAGAGUAAAUGUCAACGUUGGUCCUCAGACUUGGCCAUCGUGAGGGUGCCAUGGGAGCCAAGGGAGCAAGCUACAGUGACAGAAGUCAAGUCCAGAGACCUACUCUGGGUUUUCUGCUGUUGUGUGGUUAUUGCUCUUACUGCAGAGAGACUGAGUUUUAUGCUUCGAACCAUGUCAGAUGUGAAUUUUCAUGGGAACAAUUAUCAACCUUGCAGCAAGUCACAGCAAUGCCAAGCUUGGGUUCUUCAUUGUGCUCGCCACCAUUAUUCUGGACCACUGUUCUACGGACUGAAUCCCAAAUAUGCUGCUUUCAUGAUGUCUAAAAGAAUGUGAUGUCAACUAUUAGGACAAAAUCAGUAUUAUAGCACCUCCAGGGAACAAACGUGUGCCUGAAGUUUAGCCAAGGAAAAGAAAAUUGAAUGUCCAAGGCAAACAUAAAUCAUAUCCAGCUGGUGAUAACACUGUGAAAUAUGGAAUAAGCUAAAAAGUUUCUAAUGACUGAAAGCUAUAUGGAUAUUGAGCCCUGAGUAGGCAAAACAUUUCUGUUUUUACAUGGAUUAUAAAGCUUUCUGUCGGACUCACUGGUCCUCGAAUGUUUAUGUUCAUCACUUUCUCCCACUGUUAGUGGAAUUACCUGACGACUAUCUAUUUGCACUGAAAUUCUAAAAUUCUACUAAUAAAUAAAGUUCUACAAUUGGUUCUGAAAUAGAAACUGAAGAAUUGGACACAGGAAUUUUUUCAGCAGCCAACAGCUUGUGGAAACUUCCUUUACCAUUUCUGAAUACUUGAUAGAAGAUUCACAUGUAGAGAGAGACAAUGGAACAUUGGUAGAAACACCAGUUUGGGAAUAUUAAGGUUCUUCCUCUUUAAUCAUAUUUCCUCCACCUAACUUGAAAAGUUUUGUGCAGGUCCCUUCAUUUCUUUGGGCUUUGAUUUCAUUUUCUACAAAGUCCUUCUGGCUCUAAAAUUUGAUAGUGAGAAAAGAGAGACAAUUUUCCAUACCUGUGUUGCAAGUGGGACUAUUCUCAGCCCAUCUCUGUCCCCACCCUCACCCCUAACUCAAAACACAUCAUUGGAUAUCAUCUUAUGUGUUUAUUUUAGUGUUUGAUUUGUGAAAUAAUAAUUUAAGAAUUUGUUUUUAAAGGAAGUAAAACAUGAAAUUAAAGAAUAAUAAUAUCUACCAUUUCUCUGUUAGAUCUAUUCUAAAACUAUGGACUUUUUUUUUCUAUUGUGGUGUAGAUAAGCAAAAUAAUUUCGAUCAUAAGACAGGUUAAAAGAGGAUCAAACGUGAAUAUUUUUACAACGGUAGCCUGAUAACAAGCCUUUCUCUUACAGGAAGUUAUGUCUUUUCAUUCACUUCUGAGCAAAGCUUUACAUUCCGCUUUCCUUUGAGUAGAAGGCACUUCACUCGCUUUGUUUCUCCUUCAGAAGGAAUUUAAUGCAGAUGGAUUGCACAUCAGCACUUUCUGCAUGAUCUCACAAAGUAUGCCCAGGUUACAUCAUACCAAGGAGUAGGGAGGUGAAGGUUUCUCCCAAUGACUGCAGCGACCGCACCUAGAAAGCUAGGCUUUUCCUGAGCACUUCAAAAAGGUGUUAAAAGGCUGGGAGAGUCCAGGAAGAAAAAAUAAGGCUUAAUUAAGGGCUGCCUACUGAUGAAAAGAAAGAGGAAGUGAGACUAGAGACUAGAGAGGUGAUAACCUAAAAAGUUGAUACAUUGUAACUGACUAUACUUCAAUUAAAAAAGUUAU